UCCUACUCCCGGCUUCUGAAAGCGCAGGGCUGCACGGUGGCUUGUGCUGGGAGAACCAGGCAGGCUGCCUCUGCAAAAAGGAAGCCCCUUAAGGAAGAGCAGAACUCGGCAAGGAACCUCCCACCUGAUCCAGUUCCCGGGAGCCGAGCACCAUGAACUGGGGUGUAUUUGAAGGGAUCCUGAGCGGGGUGAACAAGUACUCCACGGCCUUCGGGCGCAUCUGGCUCUCCUUGGUUUUCAUCUUCCGGGUGCUGGUCUACGUGGUGGCAGCGGAGCGGGUGUGGAGUGAUGACCACAAGGACUUUGACUGCAACACGCUCCAGCCGGGCUGCUCCAACGUCUGCUUCGACCACUUUUUCCCCGUCUCCCACAUCCGCCUCUGGGCCCUGCAGCUCAUCCUGGUCACCUGCCCCUCCCUGCUGGUGGUCAUGCAUGUGGCCUACCGGGAAAGCAAGGAGCAGAAAAACCAGGAGGCAAAGGGGGAGCAUUGCCGCCGGCUGUACCCCAACCCCGGCAAGAAGCGCGGAGGGCUAUGGUGGACCUACCUGCUCAGCCUCCUCGUGAAGGCCACCGUGGACGUGGUGUUCCUCUACAUCUUCUACAGGCUGUACAAGAACUACACCCUUCCCGUCGUGGUGAAGUGCGAGAUCCCCCCAUGCCCCAACAUCGUGGACUGCUUCAUCUCCCGGCCCACGGAGAAAAACAUCUUCACCCUCUUCAUGGUGAUCACGGCCUGCAUCUGCAUCCUGCUCAACCUAGUGGAGGCCUCCUACCUGGUGGGGAAAAGGUGCCGGGAGGCCCUGCUGUCCAGGAGCGAAAGGAGCAGGCGGGAGACCAGGCGGUGCAGGAGCAUCGUGCAUCAUGCAUCGUGCGUCGACGAGCAGCACAACUUCAAGUCAGGAGGGCAAGUUCUUCCUGAAGCACGUUACAAGCCAGCCACGGUUCUGGUCCCCACUGGCUCCCAGAAGGCAGAAGAGGUUCUCUCCUAAACGGAGGGGAAGACCUAGGGAGGCCAUCUCCAUACAGAACGGCCCUUGUUUUAGACCAGCCCUUCUUGUUGGCGGUGCCUUUGGACGUCAUGAGCCAAGAUCAGCUCCGGGGUCAGCAGCUGCUCCCCUCACACACCUGGGUAUUAACUACACCAGGUGGUCCCCCUGUGUUGCUUUGGUCUGGUGGAAAUAAGAAUGGCCCCUCGGGUAUAAGGGAAGUUCUGCAGGUCACAGGCUGGAGAGAAGCAAAAGGGGAGCACCAAGGAGCCUAGCACUAGGAUUUAGACUGAGGAGAUUUGAUCUGUUCUUGCCUCAGCUGCUGCCGGCCGCUCCUAUUGACAGGUCACAGGGCUAGAAGGACCGGAUCUCAGACCCAGCCUGGCAAUUCCUGUGUCCUGUUAUCAUGCAGGAAUGUGCCCGCCUGUGUUUUCAGUAGCGUGUCCUGCCUGAGGGGAAAAGCUUCCUUCCUUGCACGGAGGUCCAGCCUGAGAGAGGAGUGCAACGGAAGGACCAAGCCAGACUCCUCAGCUGAGAAUUUCUUAGACAACAGACCUCAUGCAUCUGGGGAAACAGAGCCAGGCCCUCGUGUCUGUCCCUGAGGGGAGGUGCCAUGUGGCCUACGGAGGCUGGGGAAUCCCGGCACAGCUGUGAACGCCCCUUGGCUUGGAAGGUCUAGGUCAAGCAGAUAUUUUCUCUCCAUGCCUGCUGGAGAGAGGGACAUGAGGUCUCCAAAAUGCCUCCUUUCCUGAGCAGUUCCUUCAGCUUUGCUUAACCCCGAGGGACCAACUGCGGGUAGCAGAAAACACCGGAAAGAACAGGAUACUUCCCAGUGAAGAUAAUGCUGCGUUUUCCUGUCUGUGGGAAAUGACCGGUCCAUCCUGCCAGAGAUCCAAGUCAUGGCAACUGAACAUGGCUAAUGCUGGCGACGGGGGAAUCCAUUCACCCUCAGGCUACGUCUACGCGACGAGUUUUCUCGGCAAAAAAUAUGCUAAUGAGGGACUCAUUUGCAUGACUUA